AUGGGUGGUCGAAUGCGGAAGAACGGACUGCUACUCGACUGCGAGGUGGUGCUGACGAAGGCGAACGACAUAUACCGGGCCGAGUACGGAGUGACGCGGUGA